AUGUACAACGAAUGUAUCUCUCCAUCUUCCGCUAGAUCAACGACGAGAAACGGAACGACAACUCUCAACAGGCUAAGAUCUCCGAUCUGUUGUUUAGGAGCAAACGCCGUCGUCGAACCAGAAUCCAUGAUCGGAGGUCAAAGAACGCCCAGAUCUCCUUACGAAUGGCUCAAAUCCACCGCUCAAGAGCUCGAGAUCCGAGAUCGGUGUCGUCGCGUCAAAUCGAGAAUCAAGGUUACUUGUAGGAACAACAAUUGCGCUUAUAAUUGCGUUCAUAAUCAUCAGAGACAUCAUCAGAGCCAGAGCUAUCCUGGUGAUUUUAGCUACGAUCCUUUGAGUUACGCGCUCAAUUUCGAAGACGAUGUUCGAGCAGACGAAGACGGUUCGUUUCCGAGUUUUACGGCGAGGUUGCCUGCUUCUCCGGUGACGAAAUCUAGAUCUACGACGGUUGAUUUGAUCUCCUUCUGA